AAAUAAACAAAUGAUGUGACAGAUUGAUAAGCAGAGAUCUUUUAUGAUAAGCAUCUGAUAAGGAUGGAAAUAAACCAAGAUAGUGUUAACUUUGGAUAAUGAAAUUAUCUGAGGCUAUAAAGUCAUGAAAAAUCCCAAAUGUUGGUGUAAUUCUUAGGAAUAAUUCAGAUGUGCUACUAUUAAUAUCUUCGUGAUGCUUUCAAACAAAAAAUAUAUUUACACUUUAUUAACCCACAACUCAAAGUAUUACUGGAAAUUUCUAAUUGCUUAUGCGAUUCUGAUGAUAAUACUGUUCGGAAUUCUAGCCUUUUGUCAAGUUUUUUCGACGUUUGCUAUUAUCCUCUCCAUCGUUUAUAUCAUUUCUCUGUGGGGAUUUACUGUGUGGGUUACAGUAUCAUUUCUUAGGAAAUUGUUCACCAAAAACCAGCUUUGCAAUUGGAAGAUAUUCGAGGAAACUAAAAGAAUUCCCACUUGUUCUCAAAGUGAUAGAAAUAAUGCACAUAAGCUUUCCGAGGAUGUAGUGAAUCAAUUUGUCAAAAUAUGGUACAAUGAGAUAAGUGAAGAUGAUAAAUUUCCUGUUGAAAGUAGGAUAAUAAUUGAAAGCACCCUUAAUCUACUGAGCAAAGCACUAGGUUCUAUAGAUAAAAAGCAUUUUGCUUAUGUGGUUACUAAUGUAUUUCUGAAGCAUCUCAAAGAAUUUCAACGAACCCUAAAACUUAAGGAAAAGAAUGGAGAUAAAAUCUCUGACAUGUAUAGGUACUCUUUCUCUGCAAUACCAAAUGAGAAGAGUUGCGAGUAUUACAUAGAUCAAAUGACGAAGAAGUUAUUAGUGAACUUUAUUCAUUGGGAAUUGUGGAAUUCUAUUCCAUGUAAAUUGGUAGUAUCUAUCAUUUCAAAUAAACUAUCAUAUUUAAUAGAUGUAUGUUCGGAUCCUGAAUUUCUAAAUUAUUACUUGCUGAUGAUUUUACUUCCUGAAGAACAAGCAUUGGAGUUGACUCUACACCAGUACACUCAUAUCAAGUUGAAUCCUUCUUGUAUCAAUGUAGAUUUAAAGGAAAAAGUUCUACAGGAGGAGUAUAUUCAUGAGAAAGAGUCAGUUCCAGUUGAUGAACAUAAAAGUACAGUCCCUUCAUGUAGUGAUAGUGGAAUACAGCCUAGCGGAGAAUCUGAGGAAGUAUGUGAAGCCAUAGAAGUUCCUUUCAAAAAAAGAAAAGAAGUAAAGGUCUACGAACCUAGAAGCUCAAAUGAAAAAUGGAGCGAAACUAUAGACUUGGCAACAGUUACCUUAGGUGAAGAUCCUUUAGAGAGUCCCAGCCAGAAAAAAAAUAUUAGUGAAGCUAUAGAUGUUUUGAAAGAUGUGAAAAGCGAUGCAACUUCGAGAGCAGGCGAUGCAACUGUUAACACUCUUCGAGACAUCAAAGAUUUUCAAGAAAGCACGGUCAACACCGUCGUGAAACCCGUUUCACAUGCCACUUCCCAGGCUUUGCACAAAAUCGGCGAUUUUCAGGACGAAGCAGCAGGAAUGGUGGAGGGUUUGUUCGAUCUUGGAAUGGCUGGUAUCCGGAAAGGUUUGAAGCUAACUGGUUUGCAGGAAAAUUCUACACAAGAAGGUAUGAUAUCGGAGAGUAAAAAUAAACAUUCGCUGAUUAGUCCCAGCGUCACUAACAAAAAAGCCAAAUCCCAUUCUAACAACCAAGUUGCCGAGGAGUGUGUGUGGAUGAAUCCUUUACAACACAAUAUCGAAGAUGAUGUAAUGGGAGAUACUGAUGAAGUUGAUCAUGUACCAUCUAUUUUGAUGGAUAGUUUAGAGUAUGGUAGCCCAGAUCCUGAGUAUGAAGAAGGAGCUGAUUUUGCGACCACUAUAGCAAAACUUAGGUCUCUUCUCCAACAAAAAUCAUCAGAAUCUAUUUCUACAACCCCUGUUGCAAGUCCCAUGAUGGCUGAUAGCAGUAAGUCUCUCUUGGACUUAGAAGAAGUUGAUGGUUUCAUACCCAGUAUCUAUAAAGUAUGUGCUAAAACUGCAACAGGUGUUUUUAAUAAUACCCUAAACACAAUCAAAACUGCUUUGCCGGCAACAGACGAUGAAAUGAUCACAUAUGGACUUGAAAAAUGGGAGUUUGAGACUAUUGAAGAAAAGGGGAUGAGCAUAACGACAAGAAUGAGUAAGUUGCUACAAGAAAGAAAAGAUUUCUGCAUGAUUGAAACAGCUUACGACGCUUUUGACUCCCAAGAACCACAAGUAAAAAGGUUCAUUUCAGACGUUUCUUUCGAGGAAACUGACGAUUUUGAAUCCAAAGUGCCAUUGGCCAGGACUGUAACGGAUAUUAUUUGCGAAUUGAUAGCCGAUUCGGAUUCGCUUGUUACGCAGGAGCCGUUUAUCAAAUUUCUACUGUUAGUUUUUGGUAAAUCCAUUGAUGAAAUCAUUAUUUUGAAAGUUGAGGAAUUGUUCAGAAAUAUUUCUUUGACGGAAGUUCCAAAGAGCGUAGAGCGUAAAGUUUUAACGAUGGAUUUCGAUGUUUAUAUGAAAUCAUUGAUGUCAGUAUUACCAGAUGCUGUGAAUCUAAUAGCGAGCCAUUCAAUACUUAAUGAUGCUCUGAGUACUUUUAUUUUAUCAUUGCAAAUGAAAAAAUGUAACAAAGAUAUAGUUUUACAAAUAUUUGAAUUUCUGAUCCUUAGAUUGAUUGAAGAUAACUCCAAGAAUAAUCUCUUAACUUAAUAACAGAGUUUUUCCAGUAGUUCUUUUGAAUAGUAUUGAAUUAUAGUUUCUAACAUAUCUCACCAAAAAGACGUAUUUAUUGUAUUAUUACAAUUUCUAUUUUAGUUUAUUAAAAUGUUAAAGAUUUA